GGGUGGGAAAGGGCGGGAAGAUCGUGAGGGGUGGGAAAGGGUGGAGCGGACUCCGCGCCCGCUAUGAGGGCAGGCACCGCCCCGCGCCUGCGCCGUGAUGGCGGCGAAGCCGGAGCGGGCUCCGCGCAUGCGCGAAACGCUGAGGGCAAGCGAACGGCGGGAAACCUCCAUGGCGGAGGCAGCGGCGGAACCCGGCGGCUCCCCCGGCCCGGCCGCUGCCCCGUCCCCGCGGGGCUCGGCCGGGCCACAGGAGGAUGAGCGAUGCCCCGGCGGAGCCAGCGCUGAGAGCGGAGGGGCCGCGCCAGACCCGGACUCUGCAGCAGACUCUGAGGCGGUUCCGAACCCUCCCCUCAGAAAGGGCACCCCGAGCUCGUCCGGCCGGCGGAGCAGAGCCGCGGGCAGCCCCGGCUCCCUCCGCCUGUCCCCGGCUCUGGGCUCCCCUCAGGGCCGCCGCCGCUCCUGGCGCCGCUGCAGCCUCAAGGGCCGCCGCUCCCGCCGCAAAUCGCUGCCCCCCGUGCACCACGAGGUCUCCGCCUUGAGCCGAUCCAUCAGCCUGGAGCUCCCCGAGGUCCAACGUCUCUCCCUCCUCCUCCUCUCCAGCUUCCAGUUCAGUGCCCGGCAGUUGCGGCGGCGCCUGCAGCAAUCCCCCGGCUUCGACCCCGAGCUCUUCUCUGCCCAAGUGCAGAGGGGCUCGGAGGAAUUCCAGAGGCUGCUCCAGAGGCUGCUCCAGGACGGGACCCUCGGGAAUUGUCUGGAAGCGACGCCGGGGGAUUCCCUGGAUCCAGCCCUGGAGGAAUCGGUGGCGCAGGUGAAGCUGCUCAUGGCCAGGCUCUCGGGGGAGCUGCAGGCCUGGGAUCAGCUCCUGCAGCAGCACCUGCAGCGCGCCCAGCUCGCCUCCAGGUCUCUGCAGCAGCUCCGCUCGGGGUCCCCUCUCCCUCUUCCCCCCCAAUCCCAAAUCCUCUCCUCCCGGCCCGACUACGGCUUGCUGCUGGCGCGGCACGGCCCGGCGCUGCGCCGCCUGCGCCUCCUGGUGGAUGAGGCGCAGCAGGCCGGGAAGAUGGUGCUGGAGUUCCACCGGCAGAGCAGCGCCUUCCUCAGGGACCUCUCGGCGCAGCUGGCUUCCAGAACGUUCCGGGGCCUGCCGGGAUCCCCCGCGCGGCGGCUGCUGCAGAAGAGGCCCCAGAAGGCGCUGCCGGCGGACGGGGAAUAAAAAGAAAAAAAGGAAAAUCCCAAAAUCCCGAGGUUUUCCCUCAAAAAAUAUUCCCGGGUUUUGUGUUCCGGGUUUGGGGGGCGCGGUGCUGAUUGGUUGGUGCGGGUGUCAAUCAGACUCAUCGGCCAAUCACAGGGCGGAGGAGGUGUG